CUGGUCCUGAUUAGACUGCUUCAGAACCGAAUGUGUUUGCAGGAGGGAAACUUCACAGCAUUGGUUCUGAGUCUAAUUCGUUUCGAGUAAGCGGACCCAGAAGUCGUAUAACGCUGGGAUUCACGAGAGAUCCAGCUGUUAAUGGAAUGGAAAAAAAUGUGUAUACAAUAAACUUGAUUACACAUACUUAGACACCUUUCUACAUAGAAUUAGUGGUAAUGUCUGGCAUUGCUCUGAGUCGACUUGCGCAAGAGCGUAAAGCAUGGAGGAAAGACCAUCCAUUCGGCUUUGUUGCUGUGCCAACGAAAAACCCAGACGGUACAAUGAAUCUUAUGAACUGGGAAUGUGCAAUUCCAGGAAAGAAGGGGACACCAUGGGAAGGAGGGCUGUUUAAGUUAAGGAUGCUAUUUAAAGAUGACUACCCAUCUUCACCCCCAAAAUGUAAGUUUGAACCUCCACUGUUCCAUCCCAACGUGUAUCCGUCAGGAACGGUGUGUCUGUCCAUUCUGGAGGAAGACAAGGACUGGAGACCUGCCAUCACCAUUAAACAGAUCCUGUUGGGGAUUCAGGAGCUUCUAAAUGAACCAAACAUACAGGAUCCAGCUCAGGCAGAGGCUUACACUAUAUAUUGUCAGAAUAGAGUGGAGUACGAGAAAAGAGUUCGUGCACAGGCCAAAAAAUUCUCCCCAUAGUAACCCGACGGAGAGACUGGAGGAAUGAGAGGUUAUGUGAAUACUCGUGCUGUCCUCUCGCUGGGACUAAAAGGACUAAAAAUAUGACGUCUGUGCCAUCCACCUCCACUCAUCACCAAAUUCACACUUUUACACACUCCUCUUUCCUUUCACUUUCAUAUUCUCUCCGUUCCGCUCGGAAUGAUGUCAACAAUUCUGUACACACGUUGAAUUCCCAUUCAGAAAUGACAUCGCAGUCGUCGGUCAAAGCAGGCUGUUUGGAUUUUAGCUCUGUUCAGCAGGUGUGUGUCUCUGUGUGAAUACACAAACGUGUCAUUUUAUUAUGUUUGUGGAUUUUUCUUCCCACAGUGUGUGUGCGUGCGUGCGUGUGUGUGCGUGUGUGUGUGCGCGUCUGUGUUCCUGUGUCUGUUUUUGGAUGGUUUAUUACGUUAUGUUGGUAGGUAAGACAUAGUGCUUCAUGCUGAAAUUUCCCCCAGAAUGCUGAUCUAGGACCAGUUUGCUCUUCAUGGGACGUGACAUAUUUGUCCAGCCACGUGGUCUUAGAUCUGUCUAGGAUUGUCUAAUGUUGAUAUGUCAAAGUCCAGAACAUUUACUCAUGGGAAAAGUGGAACCAGAGUUCGAUUCUCGCCAACAUGAUGUACGUUUCUUGUCUGUUUGAUGGGAACAUGUGUCCUUUGUUCACAGAUUGUGUCUGUAUGUUUAAUAAAACUUUCUACAAAAUA